AUGGCUUGGGCUGUGCAAUUAUCAGAAUUUGACGUAGUUUUCGAAAGCCAAAAAGCAAUCAAGUCUCAAGUACUGGCAGAUUUUGUCAGAGAGCUUACUUCAAUCCAAAAAGAGAGCUCAACAAACUUAGACACCUGGAAAAUCUACGUGGAUGGGUCCUCAAACUCCAAAGGUAGCGGGGCCGGGGUAAUUAUUGAGAACCCGGAAGGGGUUUCGGUUGAAUACUCCAUGCAAAUGAACUUUGAAACAUCAAACAACCAGGCAAAAUAUGAAGCAUUCAUAGCCGGGCUUCAACAGGCCAAAGAACUCGGAGCAAGGAGACUGCAAAUCUAUAGUGAUUCGCAACUGGUCACCUCCCAGAUUGUAGGAAGCUACCAAUCUAAAGGACCAUUGUUAGCAAAAUACUUGGAUUCCGCAAGGCAGUUAAUAACGAAGUUUGGAAAAGUAGAAGUCAACCAUAUUCCCAGAAAUGAAAAUAGCAGGGCUGAUAUAUUGUCAAAGCUGGCAAGCACUAAAGGUUGGGGAAACCACAGGACAGUGGUUGAGCAGAAUAUCCCAGAACCUACAUGCGUCAUGCAGAUAACCGAAGGCAAAGAUUGGCGUAGUACCAUCAUUGAUUACAUAAAAAAUGGGACGCUACCCCCCAAAAGGAGGAAGCCCGGAAGCUAG